GCAUAAAUACCGGCUCCAGCCGGUAUAUAAUCUAAGAAGCUUCAGUGAGAGGGAACAGAGACAGGGAAUUGGCCAGGAAGAGUAGAAAUAUUAUAUUUUCAUUAUUUAAGAACAUUAAGGUUGUCAAACAUAGACGGAAUUAUACACCAGGAAACAUCCGAGUUGAACAGAGCGAUUUUCCCCGCUUCCGACUCUUCUGAAAGACUCAUAUGGGAAACUGAAUAGAGGCUUUCAAUGAAGAUGUUUCAUAGUUAGCACUUUAACAAAGACGCUUUUUACAUUUUUUCCUAGUGUCAGCUCUUCCUGUUUUGAAACCCCAGCGUCUGCCAUGACAGGAUUGACGUCUGCCCUAAAGGGCUGCACGAGCCCCAAUGUAUAUGCCGAAGUGCCAGAUGGUGGCUGGGGCUGGGUGGUGGCCGUCGCCUUCUUCUUCGUGGAAGUUUUUACCUAUGGCAUCAUCAAGAUUUUUGGGAUCUUCCUUCAGGACCUCAUGAGCUGCUUUGGUGAAACCAACAGCAGAGUGUCUUGGGUUGUUUCCAUCUGUGUCUUUGUCAUGGCCUUUACAGCUCCACUUUCUACAGUCAUGAGUAACCGCUUUGGUUAUCGUCCAGUUGUCAUGCUCGGUGGAUUCCUGAUCAGCCUGGGUACCAUCACAACAGCCCUGACCCAAUCUAUCACUGAGAUGUACAUCACCAUGGGAAUUGUUGCAGGCCUGGGUUACUGCCUUAGCUUCCUGCCAACAGUCACCAUCCUCUCGCAGUACUUCAGCAAGCGACGUUCCCUCGUCACAUCGAUAGCGUCCACUGGAGAAUGCUUCUCGCUGCUAGCGUUAGCGCCAGCUUUGAACGCAUUGAAGGAGCAGAUCGGCUGGCGCUACUGCUUGAUUGUAAUUGGGGUUUUGCAGACCUCAAUCAUCAUCUGUGGAGCUCUGUUAAAGCCAAUAGUCAUUAACCCCAAACCCUCCACCACGGAGGGUUCCACAUCACCGCUGAAGGAACCCGAUUCCAAAUACGACCAGGAGAACGAAUUCACACGUACCUCUAUCAACUCUGUGGACUCUGGGGUCCAGUCGAUCAGCUCUUCUCAGACGAACCUCUCCGAGCCCCAGGGAUCAGAAAAGAAAGCACUUAGGGAAAAAGAGGAGAAAGAAACGAAUGAAGAAGAGCCAUCAGCAUUGCCCGAGACCCCACUCAAACAAGCCUCCGGGAGCAAGCUGUUGGACUUCUCCGUGCUCAGGGACCCCUGCUUCAACUGCUACGCUCUCUUCGGCCUGUUUGCCACAUUAGGGUUUUUUGCCCCACAGCUGUACGUGAUUGACCUCAGCGUGAGUCGAGGUGUGUCACGCGACAGCGCGACCUACAUGCUCUCCUCCAUGGCGGUGGCUGAGAUUCUAGGUCGUCUGUCGAUGGGUUGGGUUCUCAAUCGCAGGCCCAUACGCAAGAUCUACAUUCUGCUGAUAUGCACGGUGCUGCUGUGUCCGGUGCUGGUCGCCUUCACCUUUGUCGCUGAAUUCUGGGGGCUUAUGAUUUGCUCCUGUCUCUAUGGCUUCUUGCUGGGCACCGUGGCGUCCAGCCACAUCCCCAUGCUGGCUGAAGAUGAUGUGAUUGGCAUUCAGAGAAUGCCAUCGGCUGUUGGUGUCUACGUCUGCAUCCAGAGCUUCGCAGGACUGGCUGGUCCACCUCUUGGAGGCGUUCUGGUAGACGUGACUAAGAAUUACGGGUCAGCAUUUUACUCCUGCGCAGCUGGCAUGGUUCUCGGUGCUCUCUUUCUUGGACUGGUGCGUCCAGCCAAAACCGGUCUCUGUCCUGGCAAGACGAGGAAUAACGAAAGGCAAAAACCAGACAGGGAAUCCAGCUCACAGGGUAGCGAUGAUGUCCCCGUCGACUUUGUGGAAGUAGACGUUGAUAUCGACAGCUGUCCUGCAAAAAGCAACCCUUGGCCGGUAUGAAUACUGCCUCACCCUCAAGACACCAGAUGAGUCAAGACGCGUACGCACACCGUUAUCCUCCACUUGAACGAUCCACCCAAAGAAUGCUGUACAUGAACCCUGUAGUAGCAAUAGGGUUAAACUGUCACAAAUCAAACGAAACGUCACUCUUGCUAAGCAUCCAAUUGUGUAACCCCAAAACAGGUUUACAUUUUUUGUGUCAUUCAUUAUUUAUUGAAAACAAAUACUUUAUGGAUGCUUUAGGGCUCCUUUACUGUAUUACGCAUUCACACUACAGUCUUUGCUUUUACACCUCUUUUUAUACCUCUUUGUACCAAAGUCUUAGUGUGAAAUGUGGCUUUACUAUUUAUUUAAACAAUCCUAAUAAUAGUUUUAAUAGUUUUCACAUUUGAAAUGCUGUAUCUAUUGUCACUGCUGUCAUUGUUAUCUAUAAAUGAAACCUCAGGCCAUAUUUUGCUGCUCACACCAGAGAUGACCAAGAUGCUCAUAUUGUUUGCUUACGCCUCAUUCAAAAUGUAAAGAGAAAGAGCUGCCUACUGUUUGAGGUUUAAACGUCAUUUGUUUGCUUAAGGGGUUCCACUUGUUUAACUAUUAGCACUAUUGCACACAUGCAAACUCAUCUGGCAACAGGUUGCCUCUUGUUUAAUAUAAUUUUUUCCAAAAUAAAGUAACACAGUCCAAUGAAAUGGGGUGUAAUGUGCCCCACCUGCAAGUCUUCCAGCUUUUACUCAUAAAAAUGUUUUAUGAGGGAUGUUUUUGUGGCUCCUGAAAUCCUGCUAAGGGAUAUAUGAUCAUUCCUGGAAUUUGGAAUGUGCCUUUUUAAUUCUGAGGGAUCAUGUAGAGAUAAUGGCUUGAAACAAUAAAUUACAUUGAUAAUGAUAAUUUAUUAAGUUGAAGUUAUUUUGUAAAUGUAAUUAAUUAAAUAAACAUCAAAAGAGAUGGUGAGAACUGACAGUAUACGAGGAAUGGGACGAUUUUAAAAUGCAAAGAAACCUAUAUGUAUUUUUUAAGCAAGAACCUGCUGCAUAUGAGAUGACUUGAACUCUUACUGUAUGUAUAUUCUGAUUCGAUUUGUCAUACAUGAUGUAUUUAAAUACAGUAUAUUUAGGUUUUGUAUGUUUGAUUAGACGACACAUGUGCUUUUUUUCUUGACUUGUAUAAAGCACUUUUUGAGGUAUUAAAAUCAUAAUAUGCCUGUGCGAUGGUGUACAUCUAAAAAUGGCAUUUACAUGAAAUAAUGUAAAAUAAACAAUGAUUUAUAAA